AUGGCUAACUGCGAUGAUAAUGUGAAAGCUGAGUGCGUUGGUUUAUAUAGAGAAUUGUUGGACUUGGCACAGCUUUUUGGUCGUGCUUUUAUAUGGCGUAACAGAGUUCAUGGGCAUCAUAAACUUUUUCACGGUUACCUUAGAGAAAAUCCUGUAUAUUUUCCAACUUUAUUUCGAAGGAGAUUCCGAAUGAAUCGAUCUCUUUUUCUCAGAAUUCAAUCUACUAUAAAAGCUCAUGAUCCAUAUUUUGUUCAGAAAAGAGAUGUUGCGGGACAUUUAGGUUUGUCUUCUCUUCAGAAAAUCACAGUUGCAUUACAUAUGUUUGCUUACGGAGUUACAAGAUUAUGUCGAUAA